AACCAGCGUACCACCAGUGUCAUGACUCCAAGAGCCCAGCAAUCGCCCUCAUGGAUGCGGUGUCAACAGGAAUUUACAAGAGCAAACCAUUAGUGUCUUGACGCCAAACAUUCAGCGGCAGACGCCGAGCGACCUCGCUUAAACGUCGACGGGGUAUUGAACAUCGAACUGGCUCCAGACAACGUCCUAAACAAAUUCAAGGACUACACGCAUAGCGGCUGGCGCUAUGGUUCUUUCGUCGACCAGCGUCAACCGAAAGCUUCCUAGCACAAAGAGCAUCAGCAGCAGGACUGCCGUACAUGGGUCCGCUGCCUUUCCCCCUGUUGUCGGACCCACCAUCGGCUCACCGCCACCAGGCUGCUCACGGGUGCCAUCUUGUGCCGCCUCCAACCUUGUUUCCGCUUUCGUCGCUUGCAGCUUCAGCUUUAACAGCGGCUGUCUUGCACCAGAAGCUCAAAGCCAUUUCCCGGCGUCUAAGGGCGGUCCUGGUAGGACAAGCCUAGUGGCAGCAGCCGCAUCAGCCGGUGAGUCAGCGCGUGGAUCCGGUUUCGGAGCAGCAGGGUCCGGUAACAGAGGAGGAGUUGGAUUUGGAUCUCCUCGAUUCCGUACGUUUGGUUUGGGUGGCGGGGUUAAGAGAGGACAAGGGCGACGCCAGAGUUCAUCUUCGGCUGCAGCAGGAGAAGAGGUACUGCUGAGUCCAGGGUCGUCUGAGGCUGCUAGGACAUGUGGUCUGGGGCCUGGUACGGUGUCCCGAUUGCAGGCCGACUGCAUUCGUGCCGUACAUACCUGGUGCAAGCUGGGCCCUGGGGACCACCUUGCCGUACAGGUGACCCACCAACAAGCAGCUACCUCUGCUGCCACCCCCGCUCUGCUCAUCAGCGCAGCCACAUGCUUCGCCGGACCCGACGGCCGCCGCCACGCCCUCAUCGCUCUCUCCCUGCUGGCUGCAGAGGUGCCGCCCUCAGCGCCGUCGCCACCGACGCAUCACUCAGCCACCUCCGGCUUUGGCAGGGAGGACAAUUCCGGUACCGCUAGUAACAGCAAUGACACCAGUAACGGAGCGCUAGCUGACACCUUGACAGCAGACGCAACAGCGCCCUCCACCGCAGCACCCGCACCUGCUGCAACGACAGCGUCGCCAGCAUUAUCUUCGAGCCCGAUGUUGGAGCCGUACGAGGGGCUUGAGGCGCACUGGGGCUGCUGCCAGGGGCCCGGACAGCGGUGGUACGGCGGACCCCCUGGCUGGCACACGCUGCCUGCUGUGUCGCACGAUGCAGGUCACGGCGCCUGGCAAACCCCGUUUGUCGUACGACAAGCCGUCCCGCUUACUAUUGAGGAGGCCGUGCAACAACAGGAUGGGCAGAACCGACCGGAGGCUCGCAGUUCGAGGGCCGGAGGUGGCCCAUGGGUCGCUGUGUACAGCCUGAUGCUGCAGCUGCCCUGGGAGGGGCCUAUCCGGCAAGGUGGGGUGAGCUUUGUCCUGAAGGCUGCUGGCAACGUGUGGAUCAAGGCGCGCCCAUCUGCUGCUGACGGCGGCAGCAGCAACAUAAUGCACAGCGGCGGCUCCGAAACCGACUUCUGGGUGGGCACCUCUGACCUGCCCCUGGCAGCAAGUGGCCGGCCGCUGCUGCCAGACGCCUUCCGUACUGGAAAUCCAGACAAAAACUUGCCAUUGGUCUUCCCGAGCCAACCCGCGGGCCGCCCAAGCGACGGCUCCGCAGCGGCUGCAAUGGCGGCUGCUGCCCCUGAAGCCACAUCAUCUGCCACAUCGAACACCGCUGGCCUAACCGCCACCGCCGCCACCGCUCGGCCCACCAUCAGCUACAGCAACGCUGGCAGCCAGCCUGCUGCUAUAGCAGCGAAGCUGCAGGAGCCACAUCACCAGUCGCACAUAAGGCGGCACAAGCAAAGUGAUAAGCAGCCGGCGGGAAGACAGGCAGAAGCCGGGACACCAGGCAGUAGAGAGAAAGGUGGUGGGGGCGCAGAAAACCAGGACUUGUUGGGGGUGGCGGCCGCCUUCGUGCCCCCACCUCGCCGCUCGAACGAACUGCUACGGCCAGCACAGCACUGGCCGCUGCCGUCAAACCGACCCAUGGGUCAAGCUGGCGAGGCAGAUGCAUCGGCAUCGGCGGCGGCGGCAGCUCGGCAGUGGUUGGUCGACUUGGUAGCGCAGAGGGAGCCGGGGGCCGAGCGCUCCCUAAUGCACAGG